AUGCUCAAUGACUUUAACCUCGGCUCAAAACCUGCCGCGGCACCUUCAGCCACAACGGGCACUCAACCUUCGGAAUCGACACCUCGACCAGAGGCAAAGGCAGACCCGUCAAAACCUACAGCAAACCUGGAAAAUGACUUCUCAGAGGAGGACUUUGCGAAACAGCUACAAGCCGGGAUGGCUGAUCUGCUAGGCGAGUUGGAGAAAUCUGCUCAGUUUGAAGACGUGUUCAAGCAGAUGAGCGCAGCGACAGGCGAGUCAGCCACAGCGCCUGCAGAGACUGCGGCAGCCGACAAGUCUAGCAAGCCCGAGGACCCGACAGCAGCAGACGCUUCCUUCCAGGAGACAAUCCGUCGCACCAUGGAACGCAUGCAAAACUCGGGGGAGCAGGCCACUGCUGCUGCCGCCUCUGGGUCUGAGGAUGACUUCAUGGCUGAGAUGCUGAAACAGCUCUCGUCGGGUGCCGCGGGAGGCGAGGGCGGCGAGGAAGACUUCUCCAAGAUGCUUAUGGGCAUGAUGGAGCAACUCACGAACAAGGAGAUUUUAUACGAGCCGAUGAAGGAGCUGCACGACAAAUUUCCAGAGUGGUUGGACAAGAACCGAGCAACAACCUCCAAGGAGGACCUGGACCGUUAUGAGCUUCAGCAGGGGAUAGUGGCGGAGAUAGUGACCAAGUUCGAGGACAAGUCGUACAAGGACUCCAACCCGGCGGAUCGAGAAUACAUUGUGGAGCGGAUGCAGAAGAUGCAAGCAGCAGGAUCGCCGCCUCCCGAUCUGGUUGGGGACAUGUCAUCUGCACAAGAUGCCUUCAACAUGCCAGACGAUCAGUGUAACCCACAAUAG